AUGGAUGGAGAGUGGGACGAGCUGGAUGGAGAGGGACGAGUGGAUGGAGAGGUGGACGAUGGAUGGAGAGUGUGGGGACGAGCUGAAUGGGGAGGUGGGGACGAGCUGAGUGAGAGUGUGGGACGAGCUGGAUGGAGAGGUGGGGACGGAGAGUGGGGACGAGCUGGAGGGAGAAUGGGGACAAGCUGGCGGAGAGGGUGUGGGGACGAGGCUGGAUGGAGAGUGUGGGGACGAGCUGGAUGGAGAGUGUGGGGACGAGCUGGAUGGAGAGUGGGAUGGAUGGCACGCUGGAUGGAGAGGUGGGGACGAGCUGAGUGGAGAGUGUGGGGGACAAGCUCAGUGGAGAGUGUGGACGAGCUGGAUGGAGAGUGUGGGGACGAGAUGGAUGGAGAGUGGACGAUCUGGAUGGAGUGGGGACGAGCUGAUGGAGAGUGUGGGGACGAGCUGGAUGGAGUGUGUGGACGAGCUGAUGGAGAGUGUGGGGACGAGCUGAGUGGAGAGGUGGGGGACGAGCUGGAUGGGAGUGUGGGGACGAGCUGA